GAAAUUUGUUAUAUUUCCUUAGUCUAUCAGUUUUUGGCUUUUGUGAUGCUUCUUCUGAUGACCCUUUUGAGCUGAAAAUGACUCAAUUUUCAAGAAUUGAGGAAUCCACUUGAAAAAGUAUUAAAGAUAGUGUUUUACGAUACCCACAAUGCUAAUUUUCAAGACUCUUCCCUGAUUAAAGUGGAAACACAAGAAAACUAAGGAUGGGUGUUGUAUUUGUAGCUCUUUAAAAGUUGGGAGCUUUUUGGGUUAUUCCAUCAAGAUGAAACCUGUUUGCCCUUUUGUUAGAGCUUCCAGACCUGAUGACACUUCUACUAAGAAGCCUGGUGAAAACCAAAAUAAACAGCCGGCUAGUCAGGAGAGCAAGCCUAAGCAAGAGUCUAGGGAAUCUGCAAUUGUGUCACCUAAAUGCCCCUUUGGAUAUGGCCAGGAGAGCAAGCCUAAGCAAGAGUCUAGGGAAUCUGCAAUUGUGUCACCUAAAUGCCCCUUUGGAUAUGGCCAGGAGAGCAAGCCUAAAGAAGCGUCUGGAGAAUCUGCAGUUGUGUCACCUCAAUGCCCCUUUGGAUAUGGCCAGGAGAACAAGGCUAAACAAGAGUCUGGAGAAUCUGCAACUGUGUCACCUAAAUGCCCCUUUGGAUAUGAUUCUCAAGCAUUUAAGCUGGGUCCUUUUAGCUGCAUGAUUUGUCAGGCACUUCUUUAUGAUUGCAGCAGAUGUGUGCCCUGUUCUCAUGUAUUCUGCAAAGCAUGUCUCUUGCGCUUUAAGGACUGUCCUUUAUGUGGGGCUGAUAUCGAAAAGAUAGAGAGUGAUAUGAAUCUUCAGAAUGUUGUUGAUCGCUUUAUUGAAGGGCAUGCGAGGAUUAAGAGGUCUCAGGUUAAUGGUGACGAAAAAGAAGCAGAAGAGAGAAAAACUGUUAUGUACGAGGAUGUAUCACUAGAACGGGGAGCUUUCCUGGUGCAACAAGCCAUGCGGGCUUUUCGUGCCAAAAAUAUCGACAGUGCAAAAUCAAGACUUACUAUGUGCGCAGAUGAUAUUCGAGGACAGCUAGAAAGGCUGGGAAAUACAUCCGAGUUGUGCUCACAGCUUGGAGCGGUCCUUGGUAUGCUUGGUGAUUGCUGUCGAGCAACAGGGGAUGCUGCAUCUGCAGUCACUUACUUUGAAGAGAGUGUCAAUUUCCUUGUGAAAGUGCCCAAAGAUGAUUUAGAGAUCACACAUACUCUUUCUGUUUCGCUUAAUAAAAUUGGAGAUCUUAAGUACUAUGAUGAUGAUUUAGAAGCUGCAAGAUCACAUUACUUUAAGGCGUUGGAUGUUCGCCGCAAUGCCAUCAAACAACAGUCUGCACCAUCUCAGAUCAUCGAUGUAGCUACUUCCCUUGCAAAAGUUGCUGAUGUUGAUCGGAAUCUUGGGAAUGAGGAUGCAGCAAUCGAUGGAUUUGAAGAAGCCAUAAAAAUGUUACAGUCGCUAGAACUAAAUCCUGAAGAAGUUAGCCUUGAACAAAGGCGGCUGUCUGUCCUCCAGUUCCUGAACAGCCAGAUGGAAAAGAAACAAGCUGUUUCAAGUGCCUGAAUUAAGUCUUUUUCCAAUAUAUCAUCAAGGAUAAACUGCUUGUGCUUUUGCUUGUUAACUUUCCUGCUACUUUAAAGUCUAUAUAUAUAUAUAUAUUGCAACUUUAGUUUAGAGGCAAUCUCAGAUACAUUUCAUCAGUGUGUAAAUGCAUCUUAAGUGAUACGUUCCGACAGAUUCCCAACUGCUAUACCAGUGGCAAGUCAAUUACAGUUUUCAAUACCCCAUAUCACAA